AUGAAUAUAUUAUGGCUGUUUGAAUUAUCAAACUGUGUUUAUGGUUCAAUACUUCAAAUGAAUACAUUUUUGUUUCACAUUAGAUACGGAUUUUUGGUUGCGAGUAUAGCGUUUAUAUGUAGUUGUCUAUUAGAAAUAACGUUUGCUCUGUUAACUGCUGUUGCUGCUGCUGCUGUGGUUGCUGUUGGUGGUGGUGAUGGUGGUGGUGGUGGUGAUGAUAUUGAUGUUGGUUGUUAG